UUAAUGUACGAUGCUGUGUUUUCUGAACGAUGAGGAAUGGCAGGGAAAAAUCUUAUUUUGGAGGGUCUAACUGUCGAUUUGGACGACCAAAUCAAAUCAAAGUUGGCAUUGUACUUCAAAAACAAGAGGCGAUCUGGAGGCGAGAUAUCAGAACUCCGUGCAGAUCCGACUGAUGAAAGAAGAGUUGUACUUGUCUAUGUCGACGACAAAGAUCGAAAUGAAGUUUUGUCGAGAAAGACUCAUCAGGUUGAUCUCAAAGGGUCACUGGGGGUAGUAACACUGCACGUUACACUGCCACAGGAUGUCAAGCCAGAGCCUGUGUUAUCUUCUGAAGAAGACUUUGUCUGCUAUGACGAGGCAAAGGAAGACGCGGCACUACUGCGUGUCACCAGUGAGCGACGCCGGGAGUCCCUCGAGAUGUUCUUUGAACAGUGUAUCAAAGAUCCUAUUCUUAGAAAACAUGGGAAAAACACAUGGAUCCUACAAAUGUCAAAUAAAUCAGACAUGGAAAGUGUGUGUGCCAGCAAUCCGCAGCAGUAUGGCAUAUCGGUGGAUGUGUACGAAGGAAAGGAGGAGGAAGACUUGUUGGACAGACGACGGUAUGUCCUCAGCGGCUUGGACGACUGCUGCCCCUCCGACACCAUCUCCAUGUACAUCCACAGCUGCAGCCACGGGGCGGAGCACAGCUGGGAGGCUGUGAGUGGGGACAGCAUCGUGGUGACCUUCAAAGAGGACAUAGAUGGGUGCCAAUUCUUGACAAAAACUUUCACCAAGAGGUUUAACAACAAAAAGAUUGAGGCCUUUCGUUUGGAACUGACCAAAUCUGUUAUUGUACACGGAAACAUGAGUCAAAUUUCUGAAGAAUUCCUUACACUGUAUUUCUCCAACAAAAUGAGGAGUGGAGGGGACAUAAUUAAGUCUUUUGUCCAUGUCAACCAAAACAAAAGCAUUGUAAUUACCUUUGAAGACUGGAAGGUUGCUCAGAGGGUGGCUGAACGCAAACACACUGUGAUGGAAAAAGUGCUUGUUGCACAACUCUUCUACCCUGACCUCCAGUGGGUUUUGACAGGACAAACACACCUCCAGGACAAUUUCUCAACUGAUAUUGCCAUCCCAGUCACACCUGACCUCCUGAGUUUUAUCAAUCGCAAUGAGAUCUUUCGAGAGGAGCUCACAUCUGCGCUUCAAAGGGUCCAGGCAAUAGUUUCCUUCAACAUUAUCUCCAAACACCCACAAUUAGAGCUGAAGAUGUCAAUGAACAAGUAUUCCCUCGGUCAUUUCCGGCAUGGCCCCUCCUGGGAGACUAAUGCUCGAAGAGAGGUUCAGACUCACUUGGAGAAGUACAUUGUGGAGCACAUCCCAAUGAAGGCUGAGGUCUGGCAGAGAGUUAAGGGUAGUUGUCCCGAAGUCAAUGUGGCUACCGCCCUCAUCUCCUUUAAAAUCUGCUCCUCAGAGUUAUUGGUUGUCGGGAGAUGGGAGGAAGUAGAGACACUUGUGAAGGAGAUCAAGAGCAAGAUGGAAAAGGCCAGUGAUGAGCUCCAUGUAGUGAAAAACACCAUAGAGAAAGGGAUCCAAUUCGUCUCCAAAGAAAUGUUAGACCUCACGUUGGAUCUUGUUAGGGAUGAAUUGGUAAAUGUGGACCUAUCCAAAAAUAAUGAACACUUUACCAUACAUCUUAAGGGGCUCAGUGAAAAGGUGGAAAUGGCAGAAACCCUAAUCCAAAAAGUCCAAGAUACUUUGACUUCCAAAAAGCUUGAUUCUUCCCAAAACCUUGUACAGUUUUUGCAGUCCCUUGACUUAACGAAGUUCCAAAAUGAUCACUUUUCUCUAGACAACAUUGUCGCUGUUGUGAUCUGUGGCAAGGAGUCUGUCACAGUUCUCGCUAAGAAGGGAGACAUUGUCAGGGCUGAAAAUAAACUGAAGGAGGUAAUCAAGCAAGAAGCUCUUUCUAUUUCCGGGGAGUACAACAAGGAAAAAUUUGGUGAGCAAUGGAAAACCUUUAAUGCGGAACUCAAAAAGGAACUUGAUGCUACUCAGAACUCUCAAAAUGUUCUCAUUGAGUUUUCAGAGGACAAAAUUAAAUUAUGUGGAUUUCGUUCAGUGGUCGACAUUGUCAUUGCCAAAGUUAAGGGAUGUCUUGAGAACAAGAAAGUAGUGACAAAAGACAUCCCUCUGAAAACGCUGCAGGAGGUUGAAUUUGUUGAGUCUUUCAUGAAUCUCCCAGCGGAUCCUCAGCUCAAAGCCUUGGGGGUCACCGUUUUGCCCUGCCGAUCUCCACAAUCUCCAUAUCUCAAAGUCACAGCUACAAGUGAUCAAAUCAAAGAGGCCAUACAUGUGGUGAAAAGUCACAUCAAAACAAUAGCAACCAGAAAGUACAUGUACUCAAAAGCUGGUGAGGCAAAGAUCCUGAAAGAUAAUAUCUCUUUACUCAAGAUGCAGGCAAAAGGCUUGUGCUGCAAUCUCAAACUAUCAGAACAAAAUAUCCCUCAGCGGUUCAGCUAUUAUCUUAAGGGCGGUGUGACAUUGACACUUUCUCAGGGUAAUAUUGCCAAACAGACUUCAGACGUUUUAAUUUGUCCACUAGUCAACACGUCCUUCAACAAUCCUGUUGCACAGCAAUUUCUAAAAAAUGGAGGACCUGGGAUUAAAAAUGCUAUCGUUCGACUUGAGAGGUUGAAGCAGAGUCUUGUCACGGGAGAUGUGAUCAUGACCAUUGUGGAUACUCUAAAGUCCAAAAGGCUCAUAUAUGCAGCAAUCCCAGUUUGGGGAAAAAGCAAUUCAGAUCUGAACUCCACACACCUUGUGACAGCAGUCUUGCAAAGUCUUUUGAAGGGUGCCAACCACCAGUGUGGCUCUUUGGGCAUGCCAGCACUAGGAUGUGGAACUUUUGGAUGUCCAGUAAAAGACAGCUGUGAAGCAAUAAUGAAGGGAAUAAGGGGCUUCAUUGGUUUGGGUUGUGGAUCAAUGACCACCAUUCAUCUGACUGAGUCUGAUCCCAAAACAGUUGAAGGAUUUAAAUCUGCCCUCGAAAGCUUGGGUUACCAUCCAACAGAUCCCACCAAAACCAAGAUACCACUCAUUCCUUCCUCACCAGGUGCCUCCCAAACUGUAGCCCUUCCACCUCUACAACUGUCAAACACAAUAGUUAAGAUCAAGAGUGCCUCGAUUGAACUGAAGCAAGGAAACAUAACUGCAGAAACUGUGAAAGCCAUUGUCAACAGUACAAAUGAGGAUGUGAACUUAAAAAAUGGUGUGUCUGGGGCCAUUUUGAAUGCUGCUGGAUCUGCAGUUGAAGUUGAGUGUGUCAAAAUUCGACCCCUGAGGGGCAACGAUGCAGGAGUGACCAGCGGAGGAAGCCUGCAGUGUGACUUCAUCAUCCACAUAGUAGGCCCGAAAAGUUUGGAGCAGGCUGUUGAGCGUGUGAAGAAUGUGCUGAAGCACUGUGAGGAUAAAAAGAUCCCCUCCGUGUCAUUCCCUGCCAUUGGAACUGGCGGUGGUGGAAUGAAAUUCAAAGAAUCUGUUGCCGCCCUGCUGUCUGGCAUAGAAGACCAUUUUUCAGAGCAUAAAUUCAGUGCUCUGAAGCAGAUCUUCCUAGUGGUUGACCAGGUCAAGGCCAUGAAAGAGUGUCAGCAGGUCCUCCUUUCCUGGACACAGGUGACAAAAGAUCUGUGUGAUGAUGACGACAGCAGUAAUGAAUCUUCCGGUGACGAUGAUAAUUCAGGAGCGACCACUGCUGAAAUGUUCAUUGGGCGGGUGAAAGUGAAACUGUUUUGUGGUGACAUAACAAAGGAAAAAACGGAUGCUAUCGUCAGUAGUACCAACGCUAGCCUGAAUCGAAAUUCAGGUGUGUCAGGAGCUAUUCUCAACGCAGCUGGACAAGCAGUGGUUGAUGAAUGCAACAAUUUAGGUAAUCAACCUGGUGAUGGUGUGGUCAUCACCAAACCUGGCAACCUUACAGCAAAACACAUCAUUCACAUGGUGGGCCAGACCAAGGUGAAAGACAUUAUCAGCUCCAUGCUCAAGGUCUUCAAGAUGUGCGAGGACCAUAAAAUCCAGUCGGUUUCCUUUCCAGCACUUAGCACAGGUGCUGGAAAACUGUGUGCUGUGGAUGUCGGCAAUGCAAUGGUCACUGCAGUAGAAGGACACAUAAAAAUGACCAAAACACCGUCCCUUAAGGAUGUCCAUAUAGUGAUUUUCCAAGCCAACAUGUUCCAGGAUUUUCGGAAGAGCUUGAAGAAAUGUAAGAUAGUGACACCAACGGUUAAAAGAGUGACAGCACAGGCAAAAAUAAGUGCCCCCCAGGGAGGAGUUGUGGCCCCUACCCAGCAGCCUUCCAUGUGUCUGGCAGGUGCCUGCGGGGAUGUGUCCUUCCCCAAAGUGAAGGUUGAGGUUCUUGGCUGCUGUUCGAGUGAUCUGGCAAACGUCAAAAAACUUGUGGAUGAUUUGGUGACGAAAGAGUGGAAGCUGCACCACAUCAGCUCCCCCUACCUAGCCCUCCUUCUCCCCUCAGAGAAACAGGCCAUCGUGGCUCUCAGCCGGAGCCUCCAGGUGUGCGUCAGUGUGUCGGCCCCGGACAAGGCGACCAUGUCUGGGAAGGAGGCCGACGUCCUGACCAUGGUUCUCCAGAUCGAGAAGGAUCUGCAAAAGGCCAAGGAGCGUGCGACCCGGCAGGAAGAAGAGAAGAGGCUGUGGAAGACGGUGCGCUGGGAGGUCUGCAACAGGGAGGCCUGGGCAGAACUGGACCCAUCUGUCAGUUUAGAUCUUGAGCACGCCUUGCAUAAGAAAGUGCCGAGCAUCAGCUACACCCUGCAGAACCAGACCUACACUGUGAACCUGGACAAGAUGGAGCGGACCGACAGGAAUGGAACCAUCGCUAGAAUAAAGAGGACCCUCAAGGCUGGUUCUGAAAUAGCUGUCAUAGAGCCACCAACACAUUGGGACAGGAUGGAUGACAAGACUCUGGACAUAGUGGAUCUGUCUCCAAGCUCCGAACAGUACAAACGGGUUCAAGCUAAUUUCCUGCAAACAUCCAAAGAUCCCAAUUCGGCAACCUUUGCAACAUUUACAGUCGUCAAGAUCCAGAGGAUUCAGAGCAAAGACCAAUGGCAGAGAUACGCUGUGAAAAAACAGAUGCUUGAUAAGAAAUAUCCCCAGAACAAGAAUGAGAUGGACCUUUACCACGGCACUACAGCUGAGAUCUGCCAAAAGGUCAACAGCAAUGGCUUCAACCGAAGCUUCUGUGGAACAAACGCUACUGUUUACGGCAACGGAACCUAUUUUGCCAAGCAAUCCUGGUACUCGUGCAACGACACGUACUCUAACCCGGACGCCCAGGGGCUGAAGUACAUGUACCAGGCUCGGGUGCUGGUGGCGAAGCCCUGCCUGGGGACUCCUGGCAUGGUGGAGCCAGCCCCCCUGGACCCCAGUAACCCCUACUCCGGCCUCCACGACUGUGCAGUAGAUAACGUCCAGAACCCCUUCAUUUAUGUGGUGUUCAGCGAUGCAGGGGUAUACCCCGAUUACCUCAUCAGCUUCAAGGCUUCUUAAAGCUGCACUCCACCACGCAUUCUUUUAAAGGAUUUGUAUAAUUACUCAAAUAUCAUUCAAAUGGACUGCCAUAUUCAAGCUCUUCUCUUUUCAGAUUUUAGAUGAGUAAAACAAUCAUGGGAGAAUUAUUUUUUCAGGGAUUGCUUUGUCAAUAUUUUUUUAUAUAUUCUCCCUUUUAUAUAAUCCAAUUGAUAAUUCAAAUUAUUUAAAAAGACUGUCCUACUGCAUUUGUUCUGUUGACUAUCAGAAACUCUUCUUUAAAAGAAAUGUGUUGAUCCUGUUGUUUUAAUGUGAAACAAUCCAAGGUCAAUAUAUAUAGCGAGUUAAAUCACAAUUAGCCACAUUCUAAUAUAAUAUAAUUGUAUUUUUCUGCAAAAAACUUUUGCAAUAAAUCAUGGUGCACCUGGAAUCAUA